AUGGUACCUGUCUCCAUCCGCUCUGCUGUAGAGCUGAGUAGUCCGGUCCCAACGCUGGGCGGUAUCAACAAGAAGGCCAGGUCCAGGCCUAUGGACAAGGACGGACGCUAUCGGAACCGUCUCAGUCACACCUCCGCCCCCAUGUACCUGUCCAAGGCUAAGAGACCCGCCCCCGGGGGGGACCUGGGGGGCGUAGGAGGGGCCACCAACCGGCUGCCUGGAGGCCAGCAGACACUGCCCCUGCCUCGGAGACAACGCAGGGACAACACACACAGCAGCAGCACAGAGGAAGCAGGACCAAGAUCUUCUCCCUCCCUUAUAGAUCUGCACAUCCUGGAGACAGACCAACAGAUGUCAUCACACAACUGUCCACAUCCCGACAGCUGCAGGUGGGUCUGCCUGUGUGGUUCUCCUAAGACUGUAUGGGUAAAGUGUAAUGUAUGUAGUUAAACUGUAAUUCAAAACGUCUGUGGAAUACAUUACAUUUUGUCGAAUACAUGACAUUUUGUCGACUACAUUACAUUUUGUCGAAUACAUGACAUUUUGUCGAAUACAUGACAUUUUGUUUAAUACAUGACAUUUUGUCGAAUACAUAACAUUUUGUCGAAUACAUGACAUUUUGUCGAAUACAUUACAUUUUGUCGAAUACAAGACAUUUUGUCGAAUACAUGACAUUUUGUCGAAUACAUUACAUUUUGUCGAAUACAUGACAUUUUGUCGAAUACAUGACAUUUUGACGAAUACAUGACAUUUUGUCAAAUACAUGACAUUUUGUCGAAUACAUAAUAAUAAUAAUAAUAAUAUGCCAUUUAGCAGACGCUUUUAUUCAAAGCGACUUACAGUCGUGCGUGCAUACAUUUUUGUGUAUGGGUGGUCCCGGGGAUCGAACCCACUACCUUGGCGUUACAAGCGCCGUGCUCUACCAGCUGAGCUACAGAGGACCACAUUACAUUUUGUCGAAUACAUUACAUUUUGUCAAAUACAUGACAUUUUGUCGAAUACAUGACAUUUUGUCGAAUACAUUACAUUUUGUCGAAUACAUUACAUUUUGUCGAAUACACAACAUUUUGUCGAAUACAUUACAUUUUGUCGAAUACACGACAUUUUGUCGAAUACAUGACGUUUUGUCGAAUACAUUACAUUUUGUCGAAUACAUUACAUUUUGUCGAAUACAUGACAUUUUGUCGAAUACAUUACAUUUUGUCGAAUACAUUACACUUUGUGGAAUAAAUGACAUCAAGAUCCCAUUUGACGUAGAGUUUGUGAUGAUUUUGGUGUUUUGUCUACAGCUAUUCCGUGUCACUCCAAGGAACCAGGAACUCCUCCACGUCCCGAAUCACUCUACACAUGACGUGAGCACACACAGCCUGCUCCACACACUCACCUCAACCAACACAAGCACAUGUUCACUGCACACACACACACACACACACACACACACACACACACACACACACACACACACACACACACACACACUAAAUUAUACAAAACCGUAGACCAAAUCAGCUCUGGUCAUGCACAAGGGAACAGGAAAUGACAACCGCAGUAUAUCUACUGUUCACACACAUGCAACUGCCAGGCAGGCCAACUUGUAGUUAUUUCCAAUGAUAAGACGAACACUACAAACAACAUUAAAUUCUUCCCUCCUGUCCUCAGUUCCAGUGCCAGUGUGUGGGUCAGACAGUGUGGAGCCACCAGAGGACGUCUGUGUCCUGACCACACAGAGACAGAGCUCUAUGCCGGAGAGAGAACAGUUACCAAGGUGCAUCUACUCACUACCGUGAUAAACAUUAGAGAUGUUGCUGACCAGGGGUCAAUUCCACUUCAACUGACAUUCCAAUACUUCCCAAAUUAACUGAGUUGAAGUGGAAAUGACCCCCAACUAUGUUGCUGACUACCCGGCUUACAGAGCUACUGACUGACCUCUUGACCUCUUCCUCCUCAGGGGACAGAUCACCUGUGGUCAGUACCUGUACUGUCAUUCCAGGACGUCACCUAUCACUUCAGAGUGGCCCAGUCUGUGAGUAUUCAAUUGAAAUACAUUUGACCAUUUAAAAUCCAUAUAAAAGUUGCUUCAUCUAACCUCUUGACCUCUGUCGUCUUCUCCUUCUGACAGAGGAAAGUGCGGUGUGGCGUCGAGGAGGGGAACGUAUCCGCCCCCACCACACCACCAUACUCGGACUAUUACUUCCUCAUUCAAAGCAGCUGCGAAUGA